AUGGCAAAAGCUUGGCAAAAGAUGCUCUAUUCCUGCUGCCUCUUGACUGCGUGCCUGACUUAUGUCCUGGCCAAGUCGCAACCGGACAAGCAGGACCGCGUCCACCACGGCCAGGACCUCAGUGACCACCCCCAUGACGACAAGCAGGAUUUCCAGUAUGAUCAUGAUGCCUUCUUGGGCAAAGAGGAGGACAAUACGUUUGAGGAGCUGUUUCAUUUAGAGAGCAAAGAGCGACUAGGGAAGCUUGUCGAUCAGAUUGACCGGGACGGGGAUGGCUUUGUGACUCAGCCUGAGCUGAAGGACUGGAUCAAGCAUGCUGAGGACCGCCACAAUUCUGAGACUAUGGACAAGACCUGGAAAAUGUAUGACAAAAAUAAUGACGGACACAUCGCCUGGGAGGAGUUCAAGAAUGUCACUUACAAUUACUUUGAAGGUGAGGCAUCUGCCGAUGUUGAAAACAAAGAGAGGUACAUGAAGAUGCUGGAGCGGUCCGAGCUGCGAUUCAAGGCUGCUGACAAAGACGGGGACUUGAUCGCUACGAGGGAAGAGUUCAGAGCCUUCCUUCACCCUGAGCAAUUUGACUACAUGAAAGAUUUGAUAGUGUCGGACACCAUGGAGAGCAUGGACAAAGACAAGGAUGGCUUUGUAGGAGUGGACGAAUAUAUUGAAAACAUGUAUUCUCCUGAAUCGGGGGAACCAGAACCCGACUGGGUGAAGGACGCGCGCCAACGGUUCUUCAAUGACUGGGACCUCAAUAAAGAUGGGGAAAUGGAUCGCGAGGAGAUAAGGAGCUGGAUCCACCCACCCGACUAUGAUAAUGCCGAGGAGGAGGCGAAGCUCCUCCUCUUUGAGUCGGACAAGGAUAAGGAUAACAAAAUAACCAAGCAGGAGAUUUUGGACAAUUUGGAAAUGUUUAUGGACAGCCAGGCCACCAAUUAUGGCAAAUAUUUGACAAAGGAACAUGAUGAGUUGUGAUCUGAGGGGGUUGGGAAGGAGGGUGUUCAUUAGAAUACCCUCCCUUAAUUGAGGGGGAAAGAACACUCCAAAAGGGAAUUGUUGUCUUAUUUAUUGGUGGAAGGGCCUGCUUAAGUUAUCCAAGAAGCUACGGUGGCUGGCAUACCUGGGCAGUUGAAGGGAAAGCG